AUGGGAAAUGUAGAUUCACUCCCUUCUAACCAAUUUAACGUAGCUGAGAGUGGUGCAGAAACUGAUGGAAUGCCUGAUCAGGCUAAAAGGUUGAUUGGCCGUUUAAAAGAAUAUUAUACUACAGAACAGCUUAAAGAAAAGUGGAUAAUGCUUUUUAUAACUGUUGGAACUGAAGAAUUUUGCGCAAAAUGUGAUCCUCCAAAUAUCGGAGCUCUAAGGCAUUCGAUCCAAACACUUCGCAGAUCGCUUCCAAAACUUUUUGUAGUCUUAGUUGGUCCUAUACACGUUGCACGAUCUUCUGAAUUGACUUUAAAUUUACUAAAGCCUCGUUGUCCUUGCCUUUCAAAAAUUACAGAUUCUCAACUUGCAAAUUUACAACAAAUUUGGCGUAAAGCACUAACUCAAUUGGAAGCAGAAUUUUACGAGAAAAACAAUAAAUAUCCGACAUUUUCCCUUUUGGCCCUGUCCAAGCUUAAGAUUGGUAUAGACAAUCGACAACCUUUAGAACAACUUUUUCUGUCAGAAUUUCCUCUUCUUAAUAGGCAAGGAAAUUGUUUUUGA